AAAAUUAAGCGUGAGCUUUGCGCAGCCUGUGACUGACUUUGAUCGUUCGCUAUGUUCUAGCUCAGCUCGCAAUCAACAGCCGCCAGUUGUGAACGGAAAAGGUGCCGGUUUGUGGUGGCAUAGGUAUUUUCCGAGUUUGAUUCAGUUGAAGAUGUAAUUUUUGAAGAUUGUCAAUUGUGAUUUUAUUCCUCGUAAUCCAAAGUGGAGAAAGGUGUGUGGAUCCGUAUUCUGUAGCCGAGGAAUUUCUGGUCCGGCUCAGUACGCACCAGGAGGGAGCAUUCAUUGCCUGGAAGUUGACGUAAUAUACAGUUCCUGAACUUUAACCGAGUGUUGAAAGCGAAUCCAGUGGUGAUUUUCUGCCGGAAGCAGCUUCCCAGACGGAUUCCGGGCCCGGAACGUAGAGGUUUCGGCGAAUCUGGUUGGAUUUGUGUCGCAGAAAGCCGACAAUGGAUCUGCAUAGUUUCGAAGAUGCCAGCAAAUCGUCAUCGUCGGAUAUUCCAGAAACCAGAACUAGAAACAGUCGAAAGCGAAAGUACACUUCGGGUGGUGAUACGGAUAUAGAAAACCAACGACCCCCCAAACGUAAUGCAGCCGAGCGACGGUCACCGAUCGCGGCAUCGUCCGCUCCGAUCAUGUCAGUGCCUAGCGUGGUCAGUUCGGUAGCAUCCAGCAAUAGUGCCAGUAGUCUCAACAUCCCCAGCAGCGAGUACACCUCGGAUACGCAGAGUUCCUCCGAAUGCUACUCGACGACGGCGGAGUUCGGCCCCUUCCCUCUGAUUUCACCGCCUUCUGUAGAUAGCAAUAUACUUAGUCCUUCCUGUGAUGGAUCCCGCGGUAGUUGGAACACCAAGGGUGACACGACGCCACACGGCAAUAGAAAAUCCUACACACUCAACAACAAUCAUCAUCUACAUCAUAGUGAUAAUAGUAGUAGUAACAAUAGAUGUAGUGAAUCCCGUAUACCGAACCUGCCAUGCUGCGUGACACCAUCGUCGGAGCUGCGAGCCUGCCCGUUGCCUAGGUUUUCGUGGGCCGAUUCCAACGACGUGUGGAAACUGAUGUGUCGGAAGGACGAGAAGGCGUCACUCGAGCGGGAGCCGAAUAUGUUCGAUCAACAUCCAGGACUUCAACCACGGAUGCGAGCGAUCUUACUAGACUGGUUGAUCGAAGUGUGUGAAGUGUACAAACUACAUCGUGAAACGUACUAUCUGGCGGUGGAUUAUAUUGAUCGGUAUCUGAGUCGAAAAAAGGAACAGAAAAAGACUCAUCUACAGUUGCUUGGUAUCACCUCGCUGUUCGUGGCCGCCAAGGUCGAAGAGAUUUACCCGCCCAAAAUUGGUGAGUUUGCGUACGUCACGGACGGAGCCUGCUCCGAGGAGGACAUCCUGCAAGAGGAACUACUACUGCUGAGUGAACUUCAGUGGAGCAUUAAUCCCGUCACGGUUAUGGGCUGGCUGGGGUUAUACAUGCAAAUCAACGUAACAAGCCGACAGUCGGAAAUGGUACCGGCGUAUGCCGGAAGCGGAAGUGGCCGAAAGCAGCAUUAUCUGUCGCAGACGGUCAAAGCGCAAAGUGAACAGAAAACCGCCGAAUCCUUCGUGUAUCCACAGUUCUCCGGUAUGGAGUUUGCUCAAACCGCACAACUGAUAGAUCUUUGUUCGCUGGACGUCGGUCUGGCGAACUUUCCCUACUCUGUGAUUGCUGCGGCUGCGGUCAGCCACACCUUUGAUAGAAAAACUGCUAUCGCGUUGUCUGGUCUAGACUGGGACGCAAUCGCGCCUUGUGCCAAAUGGAUGGAACCGUACUUUUUGGUAAUUUGUGACGAAAACGAAAUCUCACCAUUGGCACUGCUCGAGUCCCAAGAGCAGGUCAAAGCUAGCUACGGCCUGGCUCAUGUCUGCCCAAAUCUAGUGACAGAUAGUUCUCACAUCAUUCAAACGCAUACCACCUCGCUGGAUAUGUUCGAUCGGGCGACACUUCGUCGUGAACAACUGGAAGCUCUUGCUUGUAUCAUACAGCAAGAAGCUUCUCCUGCACCGCUCCUCGAUCCAGAGGGCUUGCUGACUCCACCGGCGUCGAGUCGUAAAUCUUUGGAUACGAACAAUCCAAUCAAUCCACACGAGAUAGAGAACAAUGCAGUCUGCGCAAAGACUUGAUAGACGACGCAAGAUUCGCCUUACCAAGCGUUGAAACAGAAACACAGAGAAGCACAGAGAAAAAAAACUGAAGCAGUGAGUCAAGUUAAUGUGAUUUAUCCGACCAUCAGUUGAACUAAUAAUGGAGUGAUUGAAAAAUUUGAACAUGUAUUAAAACCAAUAAAACGUGACUAGCAAAUAAACCUAAUUUAAUGAAAAAAAUUGAAGGUACAUAUUGAACAUUGCAGCAGGAUUAUUCUGAAUCUGAGAAAAAUGUCGAGAGCAUAGCCCUUCGUGUAUUAGAAAGGCAAAAAGUACGCUUAUUAUGUUGUAAAGAUAUCUUAUUCAACGGUCCACAUUAGUAUAUGCAUUAUUAUAAAUAGCACUGUUGUUUUAGUUUUACGUGCAUGUAUUUCAGUUAAUUCGUACAUAUUUAUGUACACGUGUAAACUUUCUAUGAGUAGACGCGCAUGUGCAUUUUGAGGUUAAGCGAGAAGAACUAAUGCACUGA